AUGGACAGCCCGCUCCUUUCUCCCGCAAAGGCACGUCAAGCAGCCAUUCAGGCUAAAGACUGGGCAUAUGUGAAUUCGUGGCUAAGUCGCCAAUACUCGCCGAAUCCGGUACCGAAUUUUGAACGAAAUGAAGAUACCUUGCGUACACUUUUAGCUCUUGCUGCUGCUAACGACGCAGCGGACGAAGAGGCAGCAUUGCUCCACCGUGCGCGUGAGGAAGCGAUUCGGGACUUCAGAGAGCGCGAGGAAGCUGAGGAUAAACAGAAGAGAGAACUACUGGAUGAGCUGGAGCUUUGCCUCGGUGAGAAUGGAAAACGAGAUCUCGACGAUUUGGCGGAGACGACUGCUGUCCUGGGGGCUCUACACACAGGGACCAAAGACCUGGGUCAGUCACUCAUCGAGCUCACAGUAGAGGAGUUUGAUGCUCAGGAGGAACUUUCUAAGGUUGGCAUGCUACAAAAACAUCUGGAAAAGGAACUGGCGGCUGUACAGGAACAACUUGAUCAACUCAAAUCCGACCCUGCAUUCGAAGUACCUGCAGACCUCCCGGCUCAAACCGCGGAGUGGUCGAGGAGUACUAAAAUGCUCACUGCAAAACUUACCGAAUACCAAGAUAGGUUAGCAACUUUGGGAAGAAACAGCAGCAAAGAUCCUACAAUCGAAGAUUUGGUCACAGAAGAGAAGCAAAUAAGCCAAUUGAAAGGCAUCAUUCAGAGUCUGGACCACCGAUUAAAAAUGUUCCAUGAUCUGCCGAAGGACAUACAGGGUGCUCGGGCACAAUACAGGCAGCUCGAGCGAGAAUUGAACCAGCUCAUUGAACGGCGGGACUCGAUGUUUGAAAGUUUAGUGGAGAAGAGAUGA